CAGGAAAGCCCAGGGAGCCCGAAAACCCUCCAAGGGGGAAAAAAAAGGGUAGUUUUGAGAAGAGGAGAGGAAGAAGGGGAAAUAGAGGGUUUUUCUUUCUCUAUUUGGAUCUAUCUCUAUCCUAGAUUCGUCUUCUCUUCACGGGCUUCUUCCAAUGGAGGGUUUCUUCGGGAAGCUGCGGAACCUGGAUGCCUACCCUAAGAUCGAUGAGGAUUUCUACAGCCGGACGCUCUCCGGCGGCAUCAUCACCAUUAUGUCCUCCAUCGUCAUGUUCCUCCUCUUCAUCUCCGAACUCAGAUUGUAUCUUCAUGCCGUUACAGAAACAAAGCUUGUGGUGGAUACUUCAAGAGGAGCAAGACUUCGUAUCAAUUUUGAUGUCACCUUCCCUGCCCUUCCAUGUUCUAUGCUCAGCCUUGAUGCCAUGGAUAUCAGUGGAGAAGAGCACCUUGAUGUAGGGCAUGAUAUUGUUAAGACACGGAUAGAUUCCCAUGGCAAUGUUAUUGAAGCUAGACAAGAUGGGAUUGGUGCACCCAAGAUUGACAGGCCUUUACAAAAACAUGGUGGGAGGCUUGAACACAAUGAGACAUAUUGCGGAUCUUGCUAUGGUGCAGAAACGUCGGAUGAAGAUUGUUGGCAAACUCUUGUGAAGAAGUUCGUGAAGCAUAUAGAAAAAAAGGUUGGGGUUUGUCAAACCCUGAUUUGAUUGAUCAGUGCAAAAGGGAGGGUUUUCUUCAGAGGAUUAAAGAUGAAGAAGGUGAAGGAUGCAACAUCUACGGUUUUUUGGAAGUCAAUAAGGUGGCUGGAAAUUUUCAUUUUGCCCCAGGAAAAAGUUUCCAGCAGUCGAAUAUGCACGUGCAUGACUUGCUACCAUUCCAAAAAGAGAGUUUUAAU